AAUAAAAUAAAAUAAAAUAAAAUGAAUCCAUCUGAUUUUUCUCUUCUUCAAUCUAUACAAUAUCAUCUUCUUAAUGAUUCUGAUAUUCCAAAUAUAUUUUCAGCUAUUGAUUCCAAUAAUACCCCUACUAAUUUUACACAAAAUAAUUUCGAUUAUGGGGAAUUAACACCAUUAAUAAACUCUAGUACUACAUUACAAGCCAACGAAAAACCCGAGGUUGAAGAGUCCGAGACAGUGGUGGCAAGUGUGAAACACGCGCCACAAGAUUGGAAGCGAUACCGAGGAGUAAGAAGGAGGCCGUGGGGUAAAUUCGCGGCGGAGAUAAGGGAUCCGGAUAAGAAAAAUGCGAGAUUAUGGUUAGGGACUUAUGAGACACCGGAGGAUGCAGCAUUGGCUUAUGACCAAGCCGCAUUCAAGAUUCGUGGCUCGAAAGCUAGGCUAAAUUUUCCUCAUUUAAUCGGCUCGGGUGUGCCCGAGCCGGCUAGGGUGAACCCUAGGCGUCGUUCGCAUUCGCCGGAAUCGUCAUGUGAAAAUGGAACACCAAGAAAACUAUAUAUUAUUUAAUUUUCUUGUUUAAUUAUUGUGUAAUUGUGACUAAGAGUAAAUUUCGAUUUUGUAAUACUGGGAAUUAAACAAAUAAAAUAGAUUUUGCUAGGGAUUGCAAAAUGAUCCCUUUUUUGUAUUUGAUGUCGUACUAAUGUAUCUAAGACAAUUUAGUG